GCACGCUCUUAUCCUAUGACUUUGAAAUGUAGCACUCCUUCGAUCUCCACCGUCCAUUUCAAACGACAGUUAUCAUCUUCACCAACCCUCCCUCAAAAAACCAACCAAUUACGCGCCACGAAUCCCAAUCGAUCUCUACCAUUGAGUACACUCAGAAACUCGACACUGCAUUCCGAGUCGACUCGCUUCUACUCCCAUGCCCUCAAAUUCUCAUACAAAAUGGGUCUCCUUCAGGAAGGGAAACAACUACUACAUUCGCACAUAAUAAAGUUAGGAUUGAAUAACGUACUCUCUUGGCAAAACCAAAUGCUAAACUUUUACGUCAAAUCCAAGCAUUUUUCCGACGCAGAGAAGGUGUUCGAUGAAAUGCGUGUUAGAAACUUGGUGACGUGGAACACGAUGAUUUCUAAGUGUAGUCUUAAUCUGGGUUUUUCUUAUUUUAAGAAAAUGUUGAUAAACAACGUAGGUUUUGAUCAUAUAACUUUGAGCGGUUUGCUUCGUGCUUCCAUUGAGCUAAAUGGCAUCGUUUUUGGUAGAGGAUUACAUUGUUUUAUCGUGAAAUCGGGGAUCUUAUUUGAUUGCUUUGUGAGUGGUGCUCUUGUUGAUUUAUAUGGGAAAUGUGGUCUAGUUGAAGAAGCCAGACGGGUUUUCGAUCAAGUGCUUUAUAGAGAUUUGGUCUUGUGGAAUGUGAUGGUUUCUUGUUACGCUUCAAAUGCUUUAACAGAAGAGGCUUUUGAGGUUUUUGAUUUGAUGAAGAAGGAAGGUGUUAAAGGGGAUGGUUAUACGUUUUGUUCAUUGCUUAAUUCAUGCGGGACUUGGGGGUUAUAUGAGUUCGGGAGUCAGGUUCAUGGUCUUAUUGUUAAACUUUGUUUUAAUUUAGAUGUUCCUGUGGUGAGUGCACUUGUUGAUAUGUAUGUAAAGAGUGGAAACUUAGAUGAUGCUCGAAAGGCUUUCGAUGGGAUGACUGCUAGAAAUGUUGUGUCUUGGAAUACUAUGAUUGUAGGUUAUGGGAGGAAUGGAGAUGUGGAAAAGGCUGUGGAACUUCUCAGAGAAAUGAAGCUUCAAAAUUUCAGUCCAGAUGAACUAACUUUGUCAAGCAUACUUAGCUCAUGUGGUAUUGUAUCCACCUCUAGUGAAAUGGGGCCAGUCCAUGCUUAUGUGGUUAAAAAUGGGUUUGAGUCCUUCUUAUCAGUUGCAAAUGCUUUAAUAAAUGCAUACUCCAAAUGUGGUAGCAUAGAUGCGGCAUUUCAAUGUUUUGUUUCAGUUGCAGAGCCUGAUCUAGUUACAUGGACAUCGAUUAUGGGUGCGUAUGCAUUCCAUGGUCUUUCAAAACAAAGUAUUAAAAUUUUUGACAAAAUGUUAGCCACUAGUGUAAGGCCAGAUCAGAUUGCCUUUAUUGGGAUUCUUUCUGCCUGUAGCCACGGAGGGCUAGUGAGUGAGGGGCUUCAUUAUUUCAACAUAAUGAUGAAUGACUAUCAAAUUAUUCCAGAUUCAGAGCACUAUACUUGUCUCGUUGAUCUUCUUGGUCGAGCUGGUCUUCUUGAUGAGGGUUUCAAUGUUUUAACAUCUAAUCCCAUUGCAUGUACACCGGACACUUUGGGAGCAUUCAUAGGGGCAUGUAAUAUCCAUGGCAACAUAAAGUUGGCCAAGUGGGCAGCAGAAAAGCUUGUUGUCUUGGAGCCCAACAAACCUGUGAAUUAUACUCUUCUCUCUAACAUGUAUGCUUAUAAAGGGAGAUGGUUAGAUGUGGCAAGUGUGCGAAACAUGAUGACAGGACACUGUGCUUACAAAAUUCCUGGUUGUAGCUGGAUGGAGAUUGCUGGUGCUGUUAAUGUGUUUGGCUCAAGUGAUAGAUCUCACCCUAAAACUUUAGACAUCUACACUAUAUUAGGAACAUUGCUUGGUCUAAUGAAGCAGGAAUAUAGCAUUCUGACUGCCAACGACACAUGCUUCAGCAACAUGGAUGAGCAUGCUCUUUGAAAUUCCUGGUCAAUCUGGUGUCCACUUCUGAGGAUGAGUGACUGACAUGAAAAUCAUUUUCUUAUCAUUUUGGGGGCAAGGAUGUGCACUCUAAAUGAAUCUGCAUGUUCCAAUAACAUGAAACUUGAGAUUCAUCCCUUCACAUGGAAGUUUAAAAUUGCUGAAACUACAUAACAAAGAGUUAUAUGGCUGCAUCACACUGUUAUU